AUGGCUAUGAUCGAGGCAGAUCCUACUUGUGUACGAUUAAAUGUCUUGACUCAAACAGCAUCCCAGACUUGCGUCAUUUGUAAUGUUCAAAAUAAUGUACGAAGAUUAUCAAUACAAUGCAGAGUUCAGGUCUUCAUAGAAACAAAUAUCUAUAUACCGGAUAAUGUGAGGAGUUGUGAAAAUCAUUUGGAUGAAAAUGGCUUUUUUUCGAAAAUAUUAUUACCUGCACUACGUUUCAUCAAUAGACCUUAUGUUAUCAAGGGUCCACAGUUGCAAGUUUUUUUACAUCAACUGAGAAACGUGGGUGCAAAUAGAACAAGAGGUAUAGAUGAAAAUCACUUAACUGAUGAGGAAUUUCAGUGUAUAGCACCAAUCAGUAAACAGCAGUUUGAAGAACUUUUUACUUAUUGUGAUCCUGUACUCCAAAAUGGAAAACUAAGGUACGUCAGUAGAAAGGAUUUGUUGGUAUUCUUGUGCAAGAUGAGACAGGGGUUGAGUGACGAUUUUCUCAAAGUCAUUUUUGAUUAUCCUAGUAGACAAACUGUCAGUUCUGUUGUGGCUUAUGUUAGGACAUCUUUAUUACAGAGAUUCGUCCCGACUAACAUUGGACCCGAAUCAAUAACAAGGCAAGAGUUUAUUAUGCAGCAUGUGACGGCGUUUGCAAAUGAACUGUAUAAUCCUCAACCCGAAGAACCAAGAGCUAUCGCUGUGAUUGACAGUACCUACGCGUAUAUACAUAAAAGUAACAAUUUUCGGGUUUUACGUCAAUCCUAUUCCGUUCACAAACAUCGUCAUCUCGUUAAACCAACUUUAAUUGUAGCUUCCGAUGGUUACAUUUUAACGAUUUUUGGUCCCUAUUUCUCUGAUGCUCAGAAUAAUGAUGCCGAAAUCCUUUGUCAAGAAUUCGAGAGAGAUGCAGAAACAUUACAAGGCUGGUUUCAGAAUGGUGACAUCGUUUUGGUGGAUAGAGGUUAUCGUGAUGCAAUACCCUUACUCCAGCGUUUAGGCAUUGAUCACAAGAUGCCUGCAUUGCUUGAACGCGGACAAAGGCAACUUUCAACGCAAGAUGCGAAUGAUUCACGUAUCGUCACAAAAAAUCGUUGGGUAGUCGAAGCACGGAAUGGCCACUUGAGGUCAGUUUUCAAGUUCUUAGCACAAACAAUAAAUCUCCAGCACACAAAAAACCUUAAUGAAUUUUAUUGCAUAGCUGGAGCUAUACUAAACAGGUAUCAUCCUAUUAUUCAAAUGCAAAAUGCAGAUCCUGAGCUUGCUAGAGAAAUGCUACAGAGAUCGACAACUCCUAAUGUCGUACAAGCGAGAGUAGAGGUAGAUAACUUGCGACUAAGAAAUGCCCAAUGGAGACGGCUCAAUUAUUGUGACGUGGCAGAUUUCCCUAUAUUUGAUUUGAAUUACCUGAAAGAUUUGACUGUGGGCAUUUAUCAAAUAAAUCUAGCAUCUUCAUAUAUCCAAGAUAAGUUACUAAGAGAUAAUGAUGAGGAAUUUCAACUUGAUCAACAUUUCAAUGAGCCAGGUUUUCUGAGAAUUAGAUUGUAUUCCAGAUUUCGUAAUGCAACAAGACAUCAGAUCUUCAUUUCAUACGAGACUGAUAAUAGGGAUGAUGAGAAUGCUGCUCACAAUCUUAAUGAGCCAAUUAAUGGAUAUUAUUGUACGUGUCAGUCUGGAGCUCGUACUCUAGGUACAUGUGCACACGUUGCCAGCGUUUUGUGGUACCUAGGUUUUGCACGACAUCAGGAAAACAUCAAAUACCCUGACAUGUCAUUGCUCAAUACCGUAUUGGAUGCCGCAGACCGAGAAAUUCCACAUAAUCCUUAG